AUGGACAGUCUAAAGGAUCCCGCGAAUGACAGAUAUGUAAAAACACUGAAGCCACCUCCUCAUCGUCCACUGGCUAAAAAUUUGAUGUUUCCUGAUAAAUUGAAGAAUAAACCUGAUUGGAAGUUAUUGAAAGAUCAUCUUCAAAAGGAGGGAAGAGUUGCAAAAGAGGAAUUAUUCAAAUUGGUAGCAGAUUGCAAUAAAUUAUUGAAAAAUGAAGGAAAUGUAAUUUAUUUGUAAGAUCCACUUACUGUUGUUGGUGAUAUUCAUGGUCAAUAUUAUGAUUUGUUAAAAUUACUUGAACCAAAGGUUGGAGGAAACCCUGAAACAACGAAAUAUUUAUUUCUCGGAGAUUUCGUUGACAGAGGAUCAUAUUCAAUCGAAGUAGUGAUUUUACUUUAUGCAAUAAAAAUAAAUUAUCCAAAUACUGUAUACUUUUUACGUGGAAAUCAUGAAUGCAGAUAACUGACUGCUUUUUUCAAUUUCAAAGAUGAAUGUUUGUAUAAAUAUGAUUAAGAAACUUAUGAGAUGCUUAUGGAUUCUUUUGAUUUGUUUCCUUUAUCAUGCAUAAUAAAUUCAAAAUUCAUAGCUGUUCAUGGUGGUAUAUCACCUGAUUUAAAAUCUAUAGAAGACUUAAAAAAAUUGGACAGAUAUCAUGAACCACCAAGAAGUGGUUUAUUUUGUGAUAUUCUGUGGAGUGAUCCUGUUGAUUAAGAUUAAGGCAAUUUGGAUGGACAAUGGAAAGGAAACGAAGUCAGAGGAUGUAGUUGGUUUUUUGGAAAUGAAGCAAGCAAUAAAUUUCUAUAAAGAAACAAUCUAAUAAGUAUUAUAAGAGCUCAUGAGGCUCAACUUGAUGGCUACAAGAUGCACAGAUGGAAUGGAGGCCAGGAUUUCCCAGUUGUUAUUACAAUAUUUAGUGCUCCAAAUUAUUGUGAUGUUUAUAAUAAUAGAGGUGCUGUUAUUAAAUUUGAAAAUAAUACUUUGAACAUUCAACAAUUUUAGUAUACUCCUCACCCAUAUUUACUGCCAAAUUUUAUGGAUAUUUUUACUUGGUCCAUUCCAUUUGUAGCUGAAAAAAUCACAGAAAUGUUAUAUAAUUUAAUUUAAGCAGGAGAUUAAGGAGAUGAUGAUGAGGAUAUCAAUCAAGAAGAUAUUGAACAAUUUAAAAUAUUAACCUAACAAAAUAAAUAAUUCAAUAAGCAACAAUCUACUGGAAGCACAGGAAAAAGCACUGAGAAAUUAAAAAACAAAUUGAAGUUUGUAGCAACAAUGAUGAAGAUGUAAAAAACACUGAGAGAACAAAGUGAAAGCAUUAUGAAAUUAAAAGGGGCAUGUCCUGAUAAAAGAUUACCUAAAGGAAUAUUAUCAGCUGGUAAAACAGCAAUUACUGAUGCUCUUGCUGAUUUUAAUAUUGCAAAAACUGCUGACAUAGUUAAUGAGAAAAUGCCUUCGCAAGCUUAAGUUCCUCAACAAUCUGUAUCAAUAAAGAAACCGAGUAAUACUGUCCAAAAUAAAAAGAAAUGAGAUGGUUUUCUGGUAAAUAUAUAUAAAAUAUACAAAUAUUCAUUGUUUAUACCAAA